AUGUCUUUCCUCUUCGGCGGUCCCCCCAAGAUGUCCUCGGCAGAGAAGAUCGCUGCCGCAGAGACAGAGGUCGAGAUGGUCUCCGAUAUGUUCAACCGUCUCACCGAGUCCUGCUACAAGAAGUGCAUUCCCAACGACUACCGCGAAGGCGACCUGAACAAGGGCGAGUCAGUCUGCCUCGACCGCUGUGUCUCCAAGUUCUUCGAAGUCAACAUCAAGGUCAGUGAGAAGAUGCAGGGCGAGGCGGCCCAGAAGCAGGGCGGUGCUGGAUUCGGCAUGUAA